AUGGCCGACGCCGCCGAGCAGUCCCAGUACGGCGAGCGCCUAUCGCAUAGCGCACCCGUCGGAUCCCGGCGCACCUACACCCCGUACCACCCUGAGGGCCUCAACCUCCCAUCGUGCCGCACGAUCUACGACCUGCCGACCUCGCCGGAGGUUCUCUUCCCUGAGGAGACCCGCACCUGGGGCAGGAACCUCACGCUCUACCCCGGCUGUGGGUACGUCGCCGGUGCCGCGGCGGGGGCCGCCACGGGGUUCAAGCGCGCGGUGGCGGAGGCGGAGCGCGGCGAGUCGUUCAAGCUGCGCACCAGCCGCGUGCUCAACCACUGCGGCUCCGUGGGACGCCGGUACGGCAACCAUGUCGCCUUGAUCGGGCUGCUCUUCGCGGGGACCGAGUGCGCCGUGGGCAAUCUUCGCGACGCUGACGACUGGCGCAACAUCAUCGCCGCAGGGUUUGGAACCGGCAUGCUCUACCGUGCACCUUCGGGCCCGCGAUCCGCCAUCUUUGGUGCCGCAGUCGGGGGCCUCAUGGCUGCUGCCGCCGUCGCAGGGAACCAGGUGUUCAAGGGAAACGGCCGUACCCCGCCCUUCUAA